UAAAUGACGCUGUCCCCCGGCCCCCGCCGCCCUCCCUGCCCCCGCCUGUCUCCGCACUGCUGCCUGCGAGCAUCCGUUGUGUGUCACCGGCAGCAUUAUCAUCCUCAUCCUCUCCAUCCUCGUCCUGUGUGCACGGCUGGGGGGGGGGGGGGGUGGGGGGGGUGGUAGCACAGACGCCUCGUCGGACGUAUUGGAUCGUAACUCGGGAUCUUUUCUUUUCUUCCUGUUCUAUGCAGAUUAUUUAAACCGAGACGGCCCUCCCUCCCCUCCCCUUCUUUCUCUCCCUCCCGUCCCUUCUGCGUGAAUGCUCGACUCCUGGUGCACGCGCAACAUCCACGAUUGAACAAGAAAGAGGGGGUGGAGGGUGGAGGGGGGGGGGGGGAAGCCAUCACGAACGUCCUCGCCUUGGAUGGACUGCUCCUUCGCCUCCGCGAUCGUCUCCACGACAUAGUGGGCUCCUCUUGAGUCAGAGAAGAUGGCGGACCGGGCUGAGAUGUUCUCCCUCAAUACGUUCCACUCCCUCUCUCCUCCGGGCUGCAGACCAGCCCACGACAUCAGCCUGGAGGAGUUUGACGAUGAAGAUCUCUCCGAAAUCACAGACGACUGCGGGAUCGGCCUCAAUUACGACUCGGAUCCCUAUGAAAAGGAUGCCCUCAUUCUGGAGAAGAACGACAUGCACCACCCGGUGUGCUCCUUCCAGGACGACUUCCAGGAGUUUGAAAUGAUUGAUGACGAAGAUGAGGACGAUGAAGAGGAGGAGGAAGAGGAUGAAGUGGACCCCGAUGCGCCGCCAUCUCCCUCAGUGUCGCCUCCCCCCUCGCCAAUUCUCGGCACCCUAAAGAGCAGACCCACCACGCUAAACCUCACCGCGGCUGUGUCGCAGGAUUCUCUCAACAACAACAGCAGUCUGUCGCCAAAGAAAGGAAGCUGGCAGGAAUCGUUGCGCAACCCCAUUUCACAGGGCCGCACGAGUCCAACCCGCUCAUGUCUGGAGGAUGGUAGCCACGUGACAGGCCAGUGUCCAGCCUCAUCGGUUUUCGAGCCCCCAGGGUCCCAGAGUCAGGGUACUCCAGCAAAACAAGCAGGGGAAGGUGGGAACCGCCAUUCCCCUCACAGGCCCCUCCUCUCUGACAUGGAGGGCAACAGGCGGGAGAGGCUUGCAUACGGCUCAUUUGGUCAACUUAAGUCCCAUCCUUGCCCUGGGGAUGUCAUCCAAACAAAGGCCAAUCCUUCAGUUCACCCCACCAGAGUACCCUCUGUCGAUGAGCAUUCCCAGUGUUCCGACACAGAGGUGGACCACGAUCUCAACAACGGCCACAACCACAAACACCUUAACCGGCUUGCCACAGACACGUACACAAUCACAAGCGAGUCUGGCACGGAAGCAGGGAAUGACCUGGAUCCAGAGGGAACCAGUCACUGCUUGUCAUCGACUGCUCCUUUGGGAGGCAAUGAUGGCGCCGACACCCCAUUGUCUGAUGACGAGCUCGACAAGGACUUUGAAGUUGAGUUCAUGUGCAAGGAGACAUAUGAUAUGGUGAGCAAGGAAAAUCCUUCAUCAUAUGUGGAGUUUCCAUGCAUUGAGCCCUAUGAGCAGGCCGCCUUCUCCAGCUGUGUAGCCUCCAAUCACUCAGAGGCUUCUGACCAGUCCAAAAGUUCAGAUUCUCCUGCCUUGGCAAGUCUGGUGGCUUUGGCUCAUGAUUCCCACUCUCCGUCGUCAGACCCUGGGAUAGCAGACAUGAACCAGCAAGGUUAUGCGACUUCAGACCUGGACAAGGAACUGAGCUCGCCAGGUUCUGACUCUGAGCUUGAUGAAGAAGUGGACAAAGCAUUUGCCUGUGAAGGUCCCGUGCACUCGAAUAUGAUCUCGUCUAUCUCAGAAACUGAGCUCGACCUGACUAGUGAUGAUAGCAGCAGUGGACGCUCUUCUCAUCUCACCAACUCCAUCGAGGAGGCCAGCUCACCCACAUCAGACCAGGAACUGGAUCCGGAUACAGAGUUAGAGCAGGACAGUGGGAUUGUGGGACUCAAAAAGUCUCUCUUUUUGGGCCAGCCUGACCCAAUCAAAGAAGGGUCUCCCAUACCUUCUCCGUCUCCUUUACCCUCUCCAACGAUCGCCACCCCAUCCCCCGUUGACUCGCCCGUUUUGCUACCCAAGUCGUAUGAUGGUGACCAAGCUCUGAUGGAAUUGCAGAACGUGGAUGUUGAUCUGUCUGGCGAGCACCAGGCUGACCCAGACGAGACUCUGCCUCCUCAACAGUGCGAGGACAGCAUGUCCAGACAAAUGGUGCUCAAGAUAGAACCUGAUCACAGCCUCGAGUGCUUCAAACGCUCCUUCUAUCUACCAGUGGGACCCAGUCUCAUGCCCGCCACAGAUGAUUAUGAUGAAACCAGUGAAGGGGAUUCAGAAUCGGAAAGUGAGGAUGACCUGAGUGAAAACUCAGACUCACCCUGGCUGCUUAGCAACUUGGUCAACAGGAUGAUCUCAGCAGGCUCGUACCCAAUCAGCUGUCCUGAGGAGUGCUUCAAGAGGGAGGUGUCUGUGUCAGAUACCAUCUCACCAUCCUCAGAAAUUAGUGAGGGAGAUAGUUUUGCUGAUGAAGACUCAGAAAUGGUUAGAUCAGAGAAGGAUGUUGAAGGGCCCAGAAACGUUAAGGCCGAGCUAGGUGAGAGAAUUAAGAUUUUGGAGUCUUCAAAUGAAGGUGUAGCCAUGAACUCUUGCCUCUAUAUGUGUAACCCCACCAGUGACACAAUCAAACCACUGAGUCUCGAUCACUGUGCAGAGAAUUUAAGAGAAACCACCGAUUACUCCUCAUGCACUCCCAGAUUCUCCACCACAGGGAAGAAAUUAACAGAGAAACUCUCCAAGAACACCAAAAGACGAGACGAAAGCAAGGAGCCCAAUAAUGACUUGACGAUGCAAGAUGGGAAGACGGACCUGGAUUCUCUGAACCUUAGCGAGAGCAUCCUAAGCGACAAAAACAUCGGACGGGAGACGGAGCCCAGGACAAGUCGCUCAACUGCUUCCCUUGAACGAAUCACUGAGGUCAAACACAGCCUAACACUGGACAUACCCACUGCUCAGACCAACCGUUGCUUCAGCCUCACUUACUCCACGGAUAAUGGCGAAGAAGAUGACCAAGGGGACUCGUACCCAUUCUUGGAUGACUUGAGGAGACGGUCCUACAAGGGUAGCGAUUUACAGCUCGACGGUUCACCUCCUGCAGAGUUCUCUGUGCCGGAUCAUCCCUGCCCUGACCGAAAGCUUCCACCGUGUGAGAAAGACCUUUCUCCAAAGGAACCCAGUGAAGACGAAGGACUGGCCUACGACUCUGUGAAGUAUACACUUGUGGUUGAUGAGAACACAACUCUGGAACUUAUCAGCCUUCGAAGGUGCACAUCUGUCCUGAGUGACGACAGCGACCUCUCCACACUGUGCGAUGAAGAGCCUUUAGGGACAGGUCAGGUGGACUAUUGUUGCGAUGAUGAGGGAGUGAGGCCGGAGCUUCUCAGUUCAUCCGAAGGCUCUUCCCCUGAGGCGGAACUCCCGUUUUCCAAGAAGUUCCUCAAUGUCUUCGUCAAUAGCACGUCACGCUCCUCCAGUACGGAAUCUUUUGGACUUUUCUCCUGCACCAUCAACGGAGAGGAGCGGGACCAAACACACAGGGCAGUGUACAGGUUUAUCCCCAGACACGCAGAUGAGCUGGAGCUGGACGUGGACGACCCUUUGUACGUGGAGGAGGAGGAGGACGAUUACUGGUACCGAGGCUACAACAUGCGCACGGGAGAACGCGGAAUCUUUCCCGCCUUCUACGCUCAUGAGGUCAUCAGUCACUCCAAAGAAAUAUUGGCCAUGAAACGUAACCCAGCGUGGAUAGAGACGUUUGACGUGCAGUUCUUGGGUUCCGUGGAGGUCCCUCAACAUCAAGGCAACGGAAUUCUUUGCGCUGCCAUGCAGAAGAUUGCACUGUCCAGGAAGCGGACGGUGCACGUGCGGCCCCCAUCCCUGUGUGAGCUGGAGAUCAGCUUGCAAGGAGUGAAGCUGAUCAUGAGUCUGGAGGAUGAAUACGACUGUCUGGACGAGUUUGACAGAUGCAGUCACUUCUUCCAAAUGAAGAACAUCUCCUUCUGCGGUUGUCAUCCAAGGAAUAACUGCUACUUUGGCUUUAUCACUAAGCACCCUAUGCUGAGCAGGUUUGCGUGCCACGUGUUUGUUUCCCAGGAAUCCAUGCGACCUGUAGCGGAGUGCGUUGGUCGGGCCUUCCAGGAAUACUACCAGGAACACGUGGAGUACGCCUGCCCCACCGAGGACAUCUACCUGGAGUAAGACGCAUUGCCUUGUACGCUCACCCACUUUGCCAUCAGAGGGCUUCUUCUUCUUCGUCUUCUUCUUCUUCUUGCUCCUCUGAGACUGGGCUCUUCAGUUCAACAGCAAACCCAUUUUAUUUCCCUCUCAAUGGAAUCGUUCCUUUGACCGUUUUCUACGAGACAAACUGAAAGCGCUGAGCUAUUUGAAGGUUCCUCUUCUGACAUGUAAAUCACCUACCUACCUACUAGUGACCAUUCACUCUCCCAACGCAUGGCUUGUAGGAUUUACCGUGCACAGCGACACGUAUUCAGGAACAUCGGCGAGCGGCUUGACAAGGUUUGUAAAUAUGUAUUUGUUGUAAUGUUCAAGGCUGCUCGGGUUUCUACAGGUAGUCACACGGCAGCAAAGUAGUGGCAGAGAGUGCAGUGAGCUUACCUCGGUGUCGCGUACAACGUGUGCUGUUCAUAGAUGUAUAGGAAGUAGACGUACAAACCAACAAACAAACAAACAAGCGCCUCAUCCACACUUGCAAAGGGAUGAAGGAAGCUUGCGGUUGUUCAUGGCUGAGGAACAUGACGUCAAUAUCAUCAACCGAAUCAGUUUGGACAAUACCAAUUGGUAGUGUUAGGUGCCACACUGAAAAGAUGAAUUCAUCGCACAAUGACCAGAAAGAAGUCAGCAACUUAUGAAUAUAAAGUCAUAAUGUUAUGGGUUGGGAGGCGGGGGGAGUACAGUUGAAUCAUCCAAAUCACUUGUCUCUCAAAUCAACUUUCCCCAUUGAAAUGAAUAGGAAUGCCAUUAAUCCGUUCCAGCCCUUCCGAAUUUUUUUUCUUCUUCCUAAUCUAUUUAUUAACAAGAAAAAAUAGCACUGGACAGCAUUGUACUAUAUAAAACAUACCAUCUACUAAAAUAGAAUGUAAAUAAUUUUUUUCUUUCAUUGCUAUGUUUUACUUCACUUUCAUUUAACUUAAUUUUUACAUUUUCCUUAAAUUAAGCAGCUUCUCCAUCUUUUCACAGACAGAGGGCAGCAGGUAAGAAGUUAUUUUAAAGCCCUUGGCUGGCGCUAGAGCCUUUAUCGACACCUUCUCACUGUCUUUCUUAGGACCCAAGGUUUGAAAAAAGAAAGUUUCUCUUCCUUCCUUGUGAGACUUUUUAGGGCAUAUGAUAUAUCUCGUAAAAACAACAUAUGCUUUGGGGGGCGGGAUUCCACUUUUCUCUCUUAAUAUUGAAAUUUUUUCUACAUAUUUUUCCUAGUUUUGUUUAUUAUGAUUGCGAAUUAAAAAAAAAGACUUAUCACAAGAUUGCAAUCUUUUUUACUGUAACAUUAUGAUUUUAUUUUCAAAAAAGUCUGGAUUUUUUCCCCCCCUCACAUUAUGACUAUUCCUUCAUAAUGCAUCUUUUUUUCUUGGGAAUUUUUUUCUUGCGUAGAUUCCGUUUAUCUUUAUUCAUGCAAGAUUGCAACGUUCUUCUCACAAGGUUAUGGCUUUUAGCAUUGCUAUUACAACACUUAAAAAUGUCAUUUUCUUUGGUAAUAUUACAUAUUUUCUUGUGAAAUUUAAUUAAUAAUAUUGCAACUUUUUUUCUGGAAAAAUAUGACUUUUUUUCUCGUAUUAUUACAACUUUUUCUUGAAAAGAAAUACAAUUUGGUUUUUAAUAUUAUGACUUUACCCUCAUACGAUUAAGACUUUUUUUUACCUUUCUUGUAAGAGUACAACUUUUCUUUUCACUCUAGCAAAUAGGACCAUUUUCUCUUCCCUAGAGAACAUUUUCCUCAAAUUCUUUUUUUUCUUGUAAUAUUACAUAAUUAAAAAACAUCUUACCCUUUUCUCAGCAGAAAAUAGAACUUUUUUUUGUUAUAAUAUUAUGACUUUUUUCUUGAACAAUAGGACAUAUUUUUAGCUAAUGAAAAUAUGACUUUUUUUGUCUCAAAAAUGUCUUGGUUCCCUAAACAAAUUGGACUUUUAGUUGGAAUAUUACAACAGAUUUUCCUCGUAACUAUAGGGACUUUUUAAAAAACAAUCUGAAUUUUCUCUUGUAUUAUUACAACUUUUGUUUCCUUCUCAUGACAUCACACCUGUAUUCUGGCUGUACAAUUAGUAUUGUUUUCUCUUCAGUGUGGCCCUAAAACUUGGUUGGACCAUACAGCACACGCAGCUUGUGUUGAACUUUUGUUUCUUGUUUGUAAGCCAGCCGAGAGGCCCACUGAAAAGCCAUAUUUUCACUCCCAGGACUGUUGGGGCGUGUAGUAAAAACGUCAUGUCUGUUGUUUUUGUUCUGAACAAGCUAAAAAAAAAAAAUAAUAAAAAAAAGUAGCUGGGCUCUUAGGUACAAAAGCGGACAGAAAAAGGGGUAUGGUUGUCACACGCGCUCUCAUGUUUUAUUUCUUGCUUUCUAGUGUGGUGACAAGGUCAUAUAAUCUCCAGUAUUUAACAGUUUAUAUACAAGGGGUGGCACAUAAGGAUUGCUGUUUGACAAUGUAUUCCAUUUCCUUGAUAUCCAGCUUAAGGUCCAUGCACUAGUACGCUCCUUGUCCUCACUAGUGAGACAAUUUAGGGCACUAAUAGAACGGCUAUCUAGGACAUGGUAUAAAAGCUCAGAUGGGUUUAUGAAAAUUGUGUUUGUCAGGAAAAAGGCAAGGCUUGGCCGUUAUCUCCAUCCAUCCCAAUGCUGUUAUUUAGCUGGUGUAUAUAAUCAUAGAGACUCCCAAGUAGUGUUGUGUCCUUUUUCUUCUGUCUGUUAUCUGCUAAUGACUGUGUCAUGGAUUCAAAAGAGACCACAACAACGACAACAACAACAAAACUACACAUUCAUGUAUGUGAUCUGCAAUAAUUGGAUGUUUCAACAUUUUUUUUUUUUUUUUUUUGCAUUACGUUUAGGACACAAUGCGGUGAUCGGGUUAUUGUGCCCCGAUACAAACACACUCGGGCAAAAAGGAUUUUGGAGACAAAUAGGUGCUGCGUGGCUACUUUGCUAAUGGGAUAGGAUGUAUACAGUACUACGUACAUAAGAGGAAUACAGUGCAGUAUGUGACUGAGCAACAUAUCUUAUCUUUUACCUUUCAAAACUUGUACAUUUCAAGGGAGAAAAAAUGGAAUCUGCCUUGUCAUGAAUUUGGUCUUAAAAAUAAAAUAUAUGCUUG